AUGAGCUACUUGGGAAAAAUGAACUUUUUACGUAAUGCAACUAGAGGAUUUUCCACAUCCCGAGUGGUGAAACAAAUCACCACAUUCGGAGAUGCUUCCAAGAAUCCAGAGAAGAUAAUCAAGGAAGCCAAGCAAGCAAAACAGGUGAAGGACAUCAAAACAGUCAAACAUGUCCUUCAUUGCAGUUUCAAGAAAAACAAUACUUUUAUUACUCUCACCAAGGUUGAGAUGGAUAAGAACUGGCCAGCAAACAAUCCAAAUACCACAUUCAACGAACAAGUUUUGUAUUUCCUACAAUUGCCAGAGAAAAUUGUGAUCUCCCAAUCCACUGGUUACCUAGGUUUCAGAAAGGCACAGAGAGGUGAAUAUGAGGCAAGUUUCCAGCUCUCGUCGCACAUUUUCAAAUCUAUCGAUGAGAAGAAGCUACUAUCAAGCAGUGGUAAGUUAGAAGUUGUUGUUAAAGGCUUUGGUAAGGGAAGAAGGGCGUUCUUCGAUGCACUCAAGGGUAAAGAAGGUAACGGAAUCAGAUCGUUCAUUACCAGAUUGAGCGACCUUACUCCAAUUGCAUUUGGUGGUAACAGAGCACCAUCGAGAAGAAGGAUCUAG